CUUUGGUAUGCUCCCCCAGUCACAAGAAGAGGGUCCAGCUACUCCUCCAUUCCGGAGGCGAUAUUACUGCUGCCGACAUGUUCGGAACGAUAUCUCUCCACCAAGCCAUUGAAAAGGGCUAUGCAUCCAUAGUCAAAAUACUCCUGAGUUGCUCUGCCACGAUGCCUUUGGCACUGGCAAUGGAGGAGGGCGGGUGGCGCCUAUAAAGGCAAGCCGCCACUGUAUAUUGCCGCCUGGACCGGGAAUGUGGAGAUCACCAAGUCAUUGCUAGAUUAUGGACUGGACGUGAACGUUACCAAUGGAGAGGGAAGAAUACCAAUACACCUGGCAGUAGUAAAGAGGCACAUUCAUGUCAUUUGGCUGCUUCUUAAUCAACGGUAUAUCGAUGUACAAGCACGGGACCGGUAAAAGUCCACGGUUUUACAUGAAGCUAUAAUCAGAGAACAUCUGCUUAUACUGAAGUUGCUUCUAUUCUAGCCAAGCUGAAUAUAAAGAUCAAUGCCAGGGACAUGAGCAGGUCAACCCCGAUUUGGUAGGCAGCUCAGACUUGCCAGCGCUGGAUAGCCCGGCGGCUGCUGGCCGAGACCAGGUCAAUAUGAAUACAGUGGGUUCAGAUCAAUCUACACCUCUUUAUCAUGCUGUCCAGAAUAGGGACAGGUCCAUAGUCUGCUUGCUUCUCGAUAUCAGAGAACUGGAUCUGAAUAUUUCCGAUAGCCUCAUGUGGACUCCCUUAAGCUGGGCAGUUGAUAAGGGAGAUCUGGCUAUGGUAUAGCUACGAAUAAAUGAAGAGGAUAAAGAGGGAAAUGUCAGAUGUUAAGAAUAAUCCUUAUAUAGAAGGAAAUGUAGGUAUAACCAUUUGGAGUGAAGAUUGCC